AUGACGCUCUGUCCACUUCUUUUAACCUUUCUAAUUGCCAUCAUUACUGUGAUCGUGCUUUUCUCUGUAGCUCUUCAUCCUCAAGCAAAAGGACUUGAAACUGCAGGUCUUGAGGCGUGGCUAUCAUGGUUAUUAGCUGUCAUGCUUGUGCUUGUGGAGAUCUUUCUAGUCACACUUGUCUAUAAUCUGGUCGUCAUGAGCUAUUAUCAAGAUAAAAUCUUCAAAAAGGUGUUAAUCCAGCGAGGUUUCAAGGAAUUGGUCGAGGAUCAAGACCGACAUGCUGGAUGUGCACGGACCUGUCGUUCUUGCUGUCGUGUCAGUCUGUGGCUUCGACUUGUGCUGCUUAUUAUAACUCUGCCGCUUCAUUUGCUACCGAUUCUUGGAUCCAUCCUGUACGCAUCGCUCAAUGGCACGAUCGUGGCGUGGGAAUACCAUUUGCUCUACUUUGAGUUGAAAAACUUUUCUUACGGACAGCAAAGAGACUUUGUCGACAAGUAUAAGGUCCAGUACUCUUCAUUCGGUAUGCAGGCUUUACUUUUGGAGAUGAUACCCGGUCUAGGUUUGCUCUUUGUAUUUACAAACGCAGUGGGAGCGGCAUUGUUUGCUGCUCAGUUGGAAAGUAAGGAAUGCGAGGAAAAUCACAUGCAAGAAGAUCAAAUACAGUCUAGCUGGAAUAGCGCUGCGAACAACACUCAUGCGUACAAUAACAUUUACGUCGCGCCUGGAGUUGUUGCCAUGCAUCCACAGGAGCAAGAGCUGUACAGUGUUGGCGUUCCACAAGGUCUUGCGUGGGCUUUGGCCGUCAUGUUGUGUCUCAUCGAAAGCUUUCUAAUUGUCAUUCUCUACAGCUUACUUUGUCUCGCCUAUUACCAGGACAAGAUAUUUGAGUUUGUCAUGCGUGAACAAGGCCACGAUGAGCUGAUGAAUCAUCAACGACGGCACGCAUCGUGUCUUCGUCUUUGCUCAAGUUGUUGUCGUGGAAUGCAAAUGUAUGCGUUGCUUAAUGGACAACUCGUGGCUUGGGAGUAUCAUUUCUUCUAUUUUGAGCUCAAGAACUAUAGCUUGGAGCAACAGCAAACGCUCAUUAACGAGCGCAGUCUACAGUAUCGACGUUUUGGAAUGCAAGCGUUACUAUUCGAGAUGAUUUCAGGCAUUGGUGCUAUUUUCAUGUUUACCAACACCAUUGGCGCUGCUCUAUUUGUUCGAGCAUUGAAAAAGAAGAAAUUGCCAAGACUUUGCUAUCACUUGCUCGAAUAG